CCAUAUACCCAAAGCGUUUUGACGACCACGAAGCUAAGUUCCUAGAGGGCGCCUUUGUACUUCCUGCUACGUCACAUUUCCUUUUCCACAUCAUCACACGCAACACAAGAUGCCAGCCCCAGCAAGUGCCACUCGUGUCGGCUCUGGAAGUCGGAGUCCAUCUUCAUCCAAGACAGUCUCACCUCGGGCUAGUGCUGGCAGUGGAACAGUCAGGCAAAGAAAAACACCAGCGUCAGGAGGAGCUAGGAAAACUACAGCAGGAGGUGGUACAGGCAAUGCUGGCAUGUGGAGGUUUUACUCUGAAGAUUCACCAGGAAUUAAAGUUGGCCCAGUACCUGUUCUAGUCAUGAGUCUGAUUUUCAUCGCAUCAGUAUUUAUGCUACACAUCUGGGGAAAAUACACCAGAGGCUAAAAGGAACCAAGGGACACAACUCCUGUUACCUUCUUGGCAGCAGAUCAGUGAAUGAAUUGAAGAAUCUGUAAACCCAUUUAACCUUAUAAAAUUGAAGACUUCAACAAAAAAGAAACAUGACUAAGGAUGAUUUAAACACAGAAGUAUUUAAAGGAGAUUUCAGUCAUUAAUAUCAGUUCAGCCAACAAAUGUAGGCACAUGUGUAAAGUUGUGAAAUAUGAAAAACUGGAACACUGGGUAUCAGGAGAUGCUGACUUUUAAAUAUUACCUGACUUUAGCUAUAUGCAAGUAAAUGCAGAUAAAAACUAGCACAUGUUCCCAUACUAUUCCCAAUACAUUGUAAUUCAUUGUUCUUAGCACAUUUUUAGCUCCUUUUUACCCUGAAACAUGAGUAUUUUGAUCCUCAAUUUUGAAUGCCUCUGUAGUGAUGAUGUGACCACAAUGUCUAGCAUUCCUGAUGUGAAAUAAGACAUUAUAGAUAACUUAAAGAUUGUACGGUAGAGAAAGAAUUGACAUUGUAUGAAAGGUUGUGAUUCCUGGCAUUUCCCAGUGGUAUGGGAGAUAGCUGUACAUAUGUAUUUAGUUCUGGCAUUAGCUCAGGAAUGAAGGAGUGCAAGUGGUGAGGGGACUGUGUGCUGUAUGAAAGAUUAAAUGAAACUGAUGUAUUCUUAAAUUAAAGAAACAUUUUUA